GAAGCCCAUCCAAUUGGGCCGUUGGAAGCGAUGAGGUGCUUCUCGCCAUCAUUAAAACUUCUUUUUGGAUCCCAAACCCUCUCUCUCCUCUUCCUCUUCUUCGCUUGUGAAAAAACGCCGCCUUCUUGGAGCCUCUGACUUCGGAGAGCGAGAAAUCGACGGUCAUGGCGGAAGCCGCCCAGGAGAAAAACCCCAGCCUUGCCGAGCAAUGGUCACUCCAGGACAAAGAGGACAAGUCAGAUCAGAGUGAGGUCCCUGUCGAGAAAACAGCAGGGGAUGAGAAGCCUGCUGAUGUCACUGCCGAGGAAGUUGUCACGGAGAAGACUGAUGAGACCCCUGUUGCAGAUGAUACUAAUCCUGUUGCAGAGGAAAACAGUGGAGCUCCUGAGCAAGAAGAGACAGAAUCACAAGAAGCUGCUGAAGAGAAACCAGUGAUAAAGCUUGAAACGGCCCCAGCAGAUUUCCGUUUUCCAACAACCAAUCAAACAAGGCAUUGCUUUACUCGCUAUAUUGAAUAUCACAAGUGCGUAGCUGCAAAAGGGGAGGGAGCUCCUGAGUGUGAGAAAUUUGCAAAAUAUUAUCGCUCACUUUGUCCAAGUGAAUGGAUUGAGCGAUGGAACGAGCAACGAGAAAAUGGGACCUUUCCUGGUCCCUUAUAGAUAACCCGUGCAAACAAAUCUCGGUAAAUUCACUUUUGAGAUUCUGAAAACUGGAACAUCCAUCUCUGUAUUGAGAGAAGUCAGAAGAAUUCAGAAAAUGAUAAUGAAUAAAAAUUUUGGCUUGUUCUAAAGUCCAAGGUUUAACGCAGACGGAUGUAUCUGCUUCUAGAUGCACUGCUUUUUCACCAAAAUAUUUGACUGAACUAGCGAGUUCGGUAACAUGUUGCAGUUUGUAACAGCUAGAAAUCGUUGACAUUUGAAUAAUUGCUUAUUGUUAGCUCCUUGUUUCAAAUUAUUAAUCUGAUGCGUUGUCAGAUACAAUUUGAGGAUUUACAAAUGCUCCUCAGAAUAUUGAGAUUUGAUAUUGAAAAGGGGCAUCUCCUUCGUGGAUCCCUUCACGCUUCUCUUUUGA